AUGUACCGCACUCUCACACCGUCAUGCAAAAAAUUCAGCGGGUUUUACACGACUUUCCCCCGUCGAUGUAACACCACUAUUUUGAUUCCCUUCCGAAUCUUCUCCAUAUUACUGUACCUCACGGCACUCAUUUGCGUGGCUGGAUCAAGUGAUGAUUUUGUAUUGAUUGAGUCUCGGGAUAAUGAGGUAUCUGGCGGUGGUGAUCGUGUGGACCUUCGCCGAUCUGUAAAUGUUUAUUUAGUUGUUAGCUUCAUGUUGCUUUUCGUCACCUGCUGGGGUAUUUUUACGGGACGUACGCUGCGAAGUGGUACCGUGAACUUUAUGCACUGCUGCUCCCACACAACAGCUGCAAUAGCUUUGAUAGUGAUAUGGUGUCUGAAGUUACAUUUACAUCGAAUGUGGCAUGUAUUUUACGCCUUCGGUGCCAUUCCUACCGCAAUGGAAGUGUGUGCGCUGUGUGCGUCGUAUUAUCGUGGUUUGGAUAGUUAUUUGUGA